AUGAUGGAGCAUCAGUAUCUCGACGCGCUGGUCGUCGGUGCUGGAUUUGGCGGCAUCUACCAGUUGAAGAAACUGUUGGAUCAGAACCUCUCGGUCAAGCUGAUUGACAUGGCCGGGGAUUUUGGCGGGACUUGGUACUGGAAUCAAUAUCCUGGCGCAAUGUCCGACACGGAAUCAUUUCUGUACAGAUACUCCUGGGACGAGGAGGACCUGAGGAGCUACCCCUGGAACCGUUAUUAUCUGCAGGGACCCGAAAUCCUGGCCUACCUGCAGAACGUUGUGAAGCGCUAUGGUCUCCGCCAACACGCCCAGUUCAACACCGAGCUCACCAAAGCCCAGUGGGACGAUGCGGAGGGGCGAUGGACGGUCGAAACCUCGACCGGGCACAUCUUCAAGCCCAAAUACCUCGUCACUGCGCUUGGGUUGCUGUCCAGACAGAAUUUCCCCGACAUCCCGGGCAUCGAGACGUUCAAAGGCGACCUGCAUCACACGGCGCGCUGGCCGAAAGGCCUCGAUCUACGCGGCAAACGCGUCGGCGUGAUCGGAAACGGGUCGACAGGGGUCCAGGUGAUCACGGCGAUUGCGAAGGAAGUGGAGCAGCUGGUCUGUUUCCAGAGGACGCCACAGUACAGUGUGCCGAGCGGCGAUCGAGAGGUGCCGCCCGGCUACCGAGAGGAUCUGAAUCGGCGAUACACCGAGGUUUGGCAGCAGGCGAAAAAUAGCAUGUUCGCGUUCGGGUUUGAAGAGAGCACUCGCCCGACCUUCAGCGUGGGCCGGGAGGAGCGGGAAAAGAUCUUCGAGGAAGCGUGGCAGAAGGGCGGCGGCUUCCGGUUCAUGUUCGAGACGUUCUGUGACAUUUCGUACGACGAGGCCGCCAACGAAGAAGCGGCCUCGUUUAUCAGACGCAAGAUUGGCGAGAUCGUCAAGGAUCCCGAGAAGGCAAGGAAACUAAUGCCCUCCGGCUACCACGCUCGCAGACCGCUCUGCGACACAGGGUACUACCAGCAAUUCAACCGAGACAACGUCGACGUGGUCGACUUGAAGGAGACCCCGAUCACCAGAAUCACGCCGGCCGGGAUCGAGCUCAGCAAUGGCCACGUCUGCGAGCUGGACGUGAUCGUGUUCGCCACGGGUUUCGACGCCGUCGACGGCAACUAUACCCGCGUCGCGAUCCGGGGUCGAGACGGGAACUCACUCAAGGAGCACUGGGCGGAGGUCGGACCCACUUCCUACCUGGGAAUCUCGGUCCCCGACUUCCCCAAUAUGUUCAUGAUCCUUGGGCCCAAUGGGCCCUUCACGAACCUGCCUCCCACCAUUGAGACGCAGGUCGAGUUCAUCUCCGAUCUGAUCGAGGUUGCAGAGCAAGGACUGACAAGGACUGGCAGUAAUGUAAGUGGUCUGACUGACGGGGCCGAGCCCAACGGCCAUGUCAACGGCGACGGUCAAGGCGAAGGCACAGGCGAGGCCGGUAGUAAACGAGGCCAACAUCUUGCGCUCGAGCCCACCAGGGAAGCCGAGGAGGAGUGGACCGAUCUCUGCGACAAGUUGAGUGCUAACAGUCUCUUCCGUAAGACGGAUUCAUGGAUUUUCGGCUCCAACGUGGCAGGCAAGAAGCCGGCCGUCAUGUUCUACUUCGCAGGACUGGCCAACUACAGAAAAGCUCUGAAGGAUGUCCUGGAGAAUGACUUGAAGGGCUUCAAGCAGUAUGUCCAUGUUUAG